GAAUAUUCUCAUCGUCUGCACUUCCGCGACAUUUUUGUAUCUGUAUUUGUCUGCAACAUUCCGAUAUUGGAUCGUCUACUAGUAAUAUGGCUGAUAGCGCGAAAAGAGUAGUUGCUAUAGCAGUUGAUGAAAGUGAACAUUCCGAUUUGGCCUUCGAAUGGUAUUGUAAAAAUGUCAUGAAAAAUGGCGACUUCUUGACAUUGAUUCAUGUUCCCGAGUCAUAUGACUUGACUCUUGCCAGCCCGGCUGUGGUUGAACAGCUGCUGAAGGAGGUGGAAGAAAAGGUCCAGAAAAUGGAAGCCAAAUAUUCACAGAAACUCAAAGAUCAUAAGUUAUGUGGAAAGUUUCGAACCAGUGGUGGUAAACCAGGGGAAGUAAUCGUCAAUAUCGUAAAGGAAGAAAAAGCAGACCUGGUAGUGACCGGAACUAGAGGAUUGGGAAAAUUCCGUAGAACCAUCAUGGGCAGUGUUAGUGACUACAUCAUCCAUCAUUCCCCCGUACCUGUCAUCGUUUGCCGAUACAAACCUGAACAAAAGUAGGAACGCGUCGGAAGAAUUAAUUUAGAUCCUAGAUGUUGAGUUACACUGUAGAAACUCACCCAAAACAUAAUUUUAAGUAGUUCAUGUUAUAAUUUAGAUGUUGUUGCAGCAAUACUUCAUAAACCCCGAAAUUCAAAUCUCGUUUUAAGAAGUUUGGCGCGAAAGGUCAUGGGAUACCAUCAGAGCGAUUGCUUCAUUUACGUAACAAAAAUCAUCCUGAUUUAAACUUGAACUCCAAUCUUCCAUAUUUUUUAUUUGAACUCUUCCCAUCAUCCAUCAUAUUGAUAGAAAUAAUGCAUGUGUGGAAGUGUUCAAUAGAAAGUUGAGGAAUGUUAUAUAGAUAGUUGACUGGAUGACUAUAUCCAGCUCCGCGGUUUGGAUUAGAAUGAAUAAACUGUUUCAUUGUUCUGUAAUAAACUAUGUUUUCUUU